CUCUUCACAUAUGGCUUCAUUUCUACUCCAGCCUCUCUUCACUCAUUGCCCAUUACAAUUUCCAACCGAAAAUGACUUUUUUGCUCCCAUUUCCCUCUCACUACACCUCUACACUCUCUUUCUCUCUAUCUUCCCCCACCACCAAACCAACACCACCACUUGUUUCUCUUUCACAACCCUUAAGACAAUUAUUACACAUAAGAAAAAGCAACACCUUCAACUUCUUCAAGUGUGGUGCAGUGGCAGAUAUCAAAGCUGCAACUUCACUUGAUCAGAGCGAAGAAGACAAUAAGGUUCUGGUGGGUCCCUCUAGUGAAGAGGAGAGGGUGGUGGUGAACUAUGAUUGGACAGAAGAGUGGUAUCCACUGUACCUCACACAGAACUUGCCUGAUGAUGCACCUCUGGGUCUCACUGUGUUUGACAAGCAGGUCGUGUUGUACAAGGAUGGCAAUGGCCUAAUUCACUGUUACGAGGAUCGCUGCCCCCACAGGUUAGCAAAACUAUCUGAAGGCCAGUUGAUUGAUGGAAGAAUAGAAUGUCUUUACCAUGGCUGGCAAUUUGAAGGUGAUGGCAAAUGCGUAAAGAUACCUCAGCUUCCAGCUGAUGCCAAAAUUCCUCGAUCGGCUUGUCUCAGAAAGUAUGAGGUGAGGGACUCCCAAGGAGUUGUGUGGGUAUGGCUGUCUCAAAAGACACCACCUAACCUUGAUAAACUACCUUGGUUUGAGAACUUUGCCAGGCCAGGCUUUCAAGAUACUUCAACCACCCAUGAGCUUCCAUAUGAUCAUUCUGUACUUCUUGAAAACCUCAUGGAUCCAGCCCACAUACCAAUUUCACAUGAUAGGACAGAUUGGACUGCGAGAAGGGAAGAUGCUCAGCCGCUAAGUUUUGAAGUGGCUGAACGCACGGAUCGAGGAUUUGCAGGCUGGUGGGGUAAGGCAAGUGAUCAACCCCUGCCAAACUUCUUACGGUUUGAAGCACCUUGUGUUCUUCAAAAUAACCGGGAACUUGUUGAUGAGAAGGGGGUAAAACACUACUUCACAGGCUUAUUCCUUUGUAGACCAACUGGACAAGGAAAAUCCAUGGUUAUUGUAAGGUUUGGAGGAACAAAAAGAUCCCCCAUAGCCAAUUUUUUCCCGAAAUGGUACUUCCAUCAGAAUGCAGGUAAGGUUUUUGAGCAAGACAUGGGUUUCCUCUCGUCCCAAAAUGAGGUUCUAAUGAAAGAAAAAGUUCCUACCAAGGAACUAUACAUUAAUCUUAAAUCCUCUGAUACAUGGGUAGCUGAAUAUAGGAAGUGGAUGGACAAAGUAGGACAUGGCAUGCCCUAUCAUUUUGGGCACAGCACUAUUUCAUUGCCUAAACAGCCUGCUGUCAUUGAACAUGCCCCAGCCGGACUGGUUGCUGGAUUUUCUGCAUCUUUUCCGGCUAAGGGAGGGAUUGGAACAAUGCAUGCUCCAAACGUGGUCAACCGGUUUUUUCGCCAUGUAGUCCAUUGCAAGGGAUGCAGAACCGUCAUUAAAGCUUUCCAAGCCUGGAAAAAUGCCCUUUCUGCUACAACUAUUGCUCUGGUAGCAUUGGCAAUUCUAGUGUCUGCAAGGCAGUGGAAGGCCAUUCUUUUAGUAUUGGCAGCAGUGAGUUCUGCUGGAGUUUAUGGAUGCUCAACUGCUAUUGCAAUGAACACAACGAACUUCAUUAGGACUCAUAGGAGAUUGUAAGUGAUCAAUUGGUACGUUUAAUUUCUUUUGGGCAAGAAGAUUAUAGGAUUUAAAAGCUGCUUAGAAGGAUAAUAUAGUAUAUGAAAAACAGAUUGUUGUAUUGGGAUUUCUUCUACGCCAAGAUUCGUAUUGCACCAGUGCCUUUUAUUUGAGCUCCAAAGAAAUAGAUCCAAGAAGUAGUGCAUUUUCAUGUCCAUGCUAUGGACAUGGUGGAAUUUACAAGCAACACUUCCAUUCCAUUUCCAUCA